ACAGAGUGUACUGUCUCUUUAAAGGCUGUCACUGCUCGCUUCUUGCUAGCCUAGCCUCCCGCUGCUUGCAUUUCUGCAACAAGAUGGCUGUCGUUCCUGAGAGCAGAGUCCUCACUUUCAGCGUUUUUAAAUGGAGCUCUUACUCCUCUACAUAUUUACCCGAGAAUAUCUUGGUGGACAAACCUAAUGAUCAGUCUUCCAGGUGGUCUUCUGAGAGCAACUACCCACCACAGUUUUUAAUCUUGAAAUUGGAAAGGCCGGCAAUUGUUCAGAGCAUCACCUUCGGGAAGUACGAGAAGACUCACGUCUGCAACCUGAAGAAGUUUAAAGUGUUUGGUGGGAUGAGUGAAGAAAACAUGACAGAGCUUUUGUCCAGUGGCCUUAAGAAUGACUACAACAAAGAAACGUUCACCUUAAAGCACAAGAUCGAUGAGCAGAUGUUUCCUUGCAGAUUUGUCAAAAUAGUGCCUCUGAUGUCUUGGGGUCCCAGUUUUAAUUUCAGCAUCUGGUACAUUGAGCUGCACGGUAUCGAAGAUCCUGACGUGGUGCAGCCCUGCCUUAACUGGUACAGCAAGUACAGGGAACAGGAAGCCAUCCGCCUUUGCCUCAAGCACUUCCGACAGCAUAACUACACAGAGGCCUUUGAGUCGCUGCAGAAGAAGACUCGGAUAGCACUGGAGCACCCGAUGCUCACCCACCUGCACGACCGGCUGGUGCUGCAAGGAGACUUUGACGCCUGCGAGGAGCUCAUAGACAAAGCUGUGAGAGAUGGCUUGUUUAACCAGUAUAUCAGCCAGCAGGAGUACAAGCCCAGGUGGAGUCAGAUCAUCCCGAAAUGCAACAAAGGUACAAGCGCCCAAGAAAUCAACCGAGACGACGUGAACAGUGAGACCAUCUUUUCAAGCGACGGCGACGACAACAGGCCGGGGAUGAGGGGAGGACAUCAAAUGGUCAUUGACGUCCAGACUGAGACCGUUUACCUGUUUGGGGGCUGGGACGGCACACAGGACCUGGCUGACUUCUGGGCUUACAGUGUUCAGGAAAACCAGUGGGCCUGCAUCUCCAGAGACACAGAGAAAGAGAGCGGUCCGAGCGCUCGCUCCUGCCACAAGAUGUGCAUCGACUCCCAGCGGCGUCAGAUCUACACGCUGGGCCGCUACCUGGACUCCAGCGUCCGGAACAGCAAGUCCCUGAAGAGCGACUUCUACCGCUACGACAUCGACGCCAACACCUGGACGCUGCUCAGCGAGGACACGUCGGCCGACGGCGGGCCAAAGCUGGUGUUUGACCAUCAGAUGUGUAUGGACUCCGAGAAGCACAUGAUCUACACGUUUGGCGGUCGGAUCCUGACGUGUAACGGCAGCGUGGAGGACAGUCGGACGUCAGAGCCUCAGUUCAGCGGCCUGUACGCCUACCACUGCCAGGCGGGGACGUGGAGCGUCCUGCGGGAAGACUCGUGUAACGCCGGCCCGGAGGACGUCCAGUCCCGCAUCGGCCACUGCAUGCUCUUUCACACUAGAAACCGCUGUCUGUACGUGUUCGGAGGUCAGAGGUCAAAGACGUACCUCAAUGAUUUCUUCAGCUACGACGUGGACGGAGACCACGUCGAGAUCAUAUCGGAUGGCACUAAGAAGGACUCGGGCAUGGUACCGAUGACGGGCUUCACCCAGAGAGCCACAAUCGACCCCGAGCUCAAUGAGAUUCACGUCCUCUCUGGCCUCAGCAAAGACAAGGACAAGCGCGAGGAGAACGUCCGCAACUCCUUCUGGAUCUACGACAUCGCUCGCAACAACUGGUCAUGUGUGUAUAAGAACGAUCAGGCAGUGAAAGAAAACCCCAGCAAGGCUCUGCAGGAGGAGGAGCCGUGUCCACGCUUUGCACACCAGCUGGUCUACGAUGAGAUGCACAAGGUGCAUUACUUGUUUGGUGGAAACCCCGGGAAGUCUUGUUCUCCCAAGAUGCGCCUGGACGACUUCUGGUCCCUCAAACUGUGUCGGCCCUCCAAGGAGUACCUGCUCCGCCACUGCAGAUACCUCAUCAGGAAAUACAGGUUUGAGGAGAAGGCCCAGUCGGAGCCACUGAGUGCGCUGAAAUACCUGCAGAACGACCUUUCACUUACGGUGGACCACACAGACCCCGAUGAGACCAAAGAGUUCCAGCUUCUUCCCUCGGCUCUCUUCAAGUCCGGCUCUGACUUCAUCCCUCUGGGUUUCUCCGACGUAGACCAGACGUACGCUCAGCGGACGCAGCUCUUCGACACGCUCGUCAACUUCUUCCCGGACAGCAUGACUCCGCCCAAGGGCAACCUGGUGGACCUCAUCACGCUCUAGCCCCGCCCCACACCCACCGCCCACCCAAUCACCUCGCUCCCCCUGGACUGACUUCACACCCACCCAUCCACCCACCCGCCCACCCAUGCACCUGAUGGGACGGAGGAGGCAGAGACCAGUUAUUUUUCUAUUCCUGAAGCCUUCUGGUGGGCUCUGACCCUCUGCUGUCCCAGUCUGCAUUACCUGGUGGGGAGGCUCCCCCCCCCCACACACACACACACACACACACACACACACACACACACACACACUAACAACACUGUGGUAUCUGGAUAAAUGAGCCAAACUUGACGACCUGAGGUGUGUGUGUGUGUGUGCGUGUGUUUUUCUCUUUCCCCAACAUAUCCCUUUGUUUGUUUUUUUUCUUGCUGAUGAACACUUCUUGGAGCACGCAAAGCCCCUCUAAACUCUGCCAAACAUCGCUUGUGUUUUUCAUUUUCUCUUGAUCCUCUCCCACCCCCCCAUGAAAUGUUAAGGCCAAAAAAGAGGUUUUGCACGCGUUUGUUUUCAGUCUUUUUUUCAAAUCAAACACUUGAUUUUGUUUUCCUUUUCUGCCCACACAAAACGCCCACACAGUCGACCGCUGGCGUCCAUCCACAUGUUUUGGAGCAAAAACGGAUGAUGAGGUGGUGUCUGUUCAGGCCAAUUGUUGCGAAAAGUUCAGUUCAAAUUCCCCGGUUGUUAAUUUAUUUGAAGACAGGACUGUGUGACAGCGAUACAGGAAACCACUUGCUUCUCCACAGCUACAAGCUCUUCUCUUCUUUGGCUUACAUUUACCGUGAGCCUGUUGUGCAAACUCCUAUGUAAAGUUUCAUGUUGAUGAUUUGGUUAGCUUGCUUUUCUGCGACACAUGCCCCCUAUUUAUGAUUGUGACGCCCAUGCAGAGGCAAAGACAAUGUACUAGUGUUGUAGUAACAAUAGAGGAAUGAUUCUAUGAGAUAAAGUUUAAUAUAUAUCUAAAUAUACCUUUUUUUUUAUAUAUUGGUUUGGGUUGUUAUCCCUCUAAAACUGGCUGGUAAAAAAUUGCAUUUACUACAGGAGACACAAGUGAAGUUAAGUUUCUUUCUUCCUUGGUAGUUAAUGGACUGUGACUUUUGAAUUCUAAGUUGUUCAAUGGUGUACAGAAUAUGUAAAUAAUACACUUAUAGGAAAUGUUUUGGAUUGAACAGAUUGUGUGCUGGAUCGUUUUCUUUCUUGUUCCCCAUGUACAAAUGUCAGGGUCCACAUAGAGUAACUUUCUGGCUCUACAUUCAAUACUCAUUAUACUUAUUGGGAAGGAUUGAAAGCUACUGGUGGCUGUGUGAAUGGAGUCCCGGUGCCAGAAAUCCAGUUUGAUAAUUAGAGUAGGAAAAAAAGGCAUUUUGUGUCAUAGUGUGUUGACAGGGUGUUCCUUCAGUGUGAUGAAUUAUUACUGGGUGAAAUGUUCUUUUUUUUUUUCUUCCUAAAGAUAUCCCAAAUGUCCUUCUGAAUAGAUUUGUGAAGUCGACAGCAGGGUUAAGCAGAACCAGUCUAGCCUCCGCGUCAUCCAUUACAGCCACGUAAUGCACAAAAUGACAGGUAUUAUUCCACUUAUAGCAUGGUUAUUAUUAUUCAAAGGCUUGGUUAUUAUGUCUGAUAGUGACAACAUGAUCCUUGAUUGACUCACACAGGAGGAAUGUGAAACUACUGAUUCGUAGUUCCAACUGUCUGCUAAAUGGAGAAAGGAACACUCAUCACAGAGCUUCCUACCAACACAGAAUGUCUUUCACACUUUUAAGGAACAAUUCUUGCCACGUGUCAAAUAUUAACAAACAUUGAAAUCAUUUUAGUACGUCGCAGGGAAAAGUAUCAGUGGUCUCCAGUGGUCGGUUUUAGAUCUUAAGAGUCACCUGUUUCAACAGCCAAUAGCGAAGUCGGCUUGUAAAAUCAGCUACAAACUAAAAGAAAUAAAAUGGUCCAUUAGUUUUAUUUCUAUCUUACCACAAGCGCCCACGAGCGCAGUAGGUGGUCGAGUGAGCUGAGAGAGGGAGUUAGAACUAAGAAGUCAAUCAGAGAAAGGAAACAUUUUCACUGUACUAGAAAUGCAACCGUAGCGAGCAUCGCACGGUCACUAUCCUCAUUUAUAUCUUCAGCCGCUACAAAUGAUAUCCAGCUAUGAAAAAAGCCUGAAAAGUUGGACAUUAGAGCGCAAGUACAGAGAGUCGUUGCUAUGCAUAUGAUACAGCGUCUCGUUAAGACGCAUCGGUGUGAACUGCCAGGUUUCAGAACGCGGCAGAACGGCGCCUUGCAAGUUACAACUCGUCUUGCAUCUUUGGUCGGAACCGGGGUUAAGCGCGAUGUUUGAGUUUACCGGCAGACAGGUGAGCUAAUGUCAGUUACUGUUGAAAUCCUCCAUGAAGUCGGGGUCUGAUACAUAAGAGUAGCCCUGGAGGAUUGGCGGUCUGGCUGCAGGACCACCUCCCUGCUCACACACCGCUAGUGUUGAGCAGCUGCGUGCUUUUAGACCUCUGCUGUCACUAAAUCUUUGAGGAUGCCGGGGCGUCCAUGUUAACUGGCGCUUACAGUGCGUUCCAUUUAACUCGGGAGCCGCAGCUGGGAAGGACGUCCAAUACGAGUUGAAUGCGUUCCAUUUAACAAGUCAGAUUUUUCAUUGUUUUCAUUAGCUCUAGCCAAGUUAGCCACUGUUAGCAAUACCAGCUGAUAACAACGCAGUACGCUGUUUUGUUGUGCAUACAGAGAGCGUAGCAACAUGUCCACAGAUAGAAGAUGGACAGGGCUGUGUGCGCGACUGAUUUAGUGAGACACAAAUGAGACAGAAGUGCUAAUAACCGUAUGUUAAUACAGCUUACACUUGUUUACACAAGUGUUGGAUUUUGAGCUCGGAAUGGAACGCACUAUUACUGCUCACUAAAAGCCCCACUUGCUCAGUUUUCUUUAUCGUCUUCCAUGACUCUCAGUCAGACACUAACGGGUUGUUUUUCAGUGGAAGUGUGAUCACUAUCAUCCCAUCGUUCAUUGGUCAGGUGGAAUCAACCAAUGAUUCUCUCACAGAACACUACGUCACUCGUCAUCCCUGGCACAUCUGCUACGACUGUUAACCGCAAUUUGUACAUGGUUUGCGUGUAAUAUACGGGGUCAGUCCUAUUUCUCUCUUAUUAAAAAAAAAAAAAAAAAAAUGGUGAAUUUAAACAUCUUUCAUAUUUAACACUAUUUUGGCUUGCGGGUCACAUAAUCAGAGGGGAAUUCAGUGUUUGAGUCACAGAUACAAGUUAACUUGAGUCUAUCUUUUAGUGGCAUUUUAUAGACAAUGAUUUACCUUUUUGUUUUGCACUUAUUUUGAAAUUUAAAGGACCAUACUGGUGUUUUGCGGGUUAAAGGAAUACUUCACCCUCAAAUAAUGUGUAUGUCAAUUACUCACCCUGUGUUACUUUAUAGUAAAUUCUUGGAGAAGAAGAAAGACUCGUUUUUCUCGCAUGCCUCCCUGGACGACGAAGAACAAAAAAUCAUGAGACCUUUCUCCAUUUUUUGGGAAUUUUGUAUCUUAUAAACUUAAUGGUAAAGUAUUCCUUUAAAGGCCAUAUCAUUAAAAGCAAUGCACUGUAAAGGUAAAGCUAGUCUAUGUAACAUGGGAAGUAAAUCUAUCCAUGUCAAACUUGGUUGUUGACACGCUGCUGAAGUGAAAGGCCGGGGGGAAACUACAGUGUGCUUUGGGAUAUGUUUGGCAGUAAUGUUGACGGACUAGUUAGUAGACAUGUGCUUGCUGAUAAUUUGGCUGAGAAGAUCAAUAUCACUCUCAUGUCCGUAUGCUAAGUAUGAGGCUACCGCUAGCGGCCAGUUAGCUUAGCAUCAGAUCUGGAAACGAGGGGAAACGUAUUUCGUCCAGGGCUUUAAAUGAACUUUUUUGAUCACCAGCCAACAAGGCUAGUAGGUUUUAAAAGUUACCAGCCAAUCAGAUUUUUCACGUUCCGUUUUAAGUCUCCUCUGGUUUGUUUGGCGCCAUUCCGUUCGCCUUCUCCAUUUCAGCGUAGCUCGUAAUCGAUACCACACACGCUAGACGCGUAGCCAACGGUUGUACGACACAUCACAACAUGGUGUUCAUGGAAAGUGUAGGAUUAGUACUACAGGCAGUGUUGCCAGAUGAAGAUUGCGUUUCCAAGCCAAACACACACAAAACCGCCCAAAUUUCUUGGCAGAAAAGAGAGCGAGAUCUGGCAACGCUGACUUGUCGUAUCAGUUCUGCAGCCGGCCGAUUCAAACAGACGAGUUAUUUGCUUCUUCAUCAUUGGCCAAAUUGGCUAGUAACUUUACAGUGUUACCCGCCGCCAAAGUGAAUUUUUACCCGCCAAAUUUGGCGGGUUGGCUGGUGUCAAUUUAAAGCCCUGGUUCUGUCCAAAGGUAACACAGACUGUCUGCUAACACCAUAGACUGUAUAUAAGAUAGAAGACGUGUCUCCACUUCCUCCUGCUGUACAAAAGUGAAGCCAAAAUAUCCUGGAGGUGGGUGCUGCCAUCUUGUAAUUUUGGAGCCAUAGUCUGAGCAUACACCUGCUCGACCAAUUGCGCAUUACUCAAAGCUGUCAAUCAUGACGUUUCAGCCCGUUUUUAUAGCAUGAAAUAACUAACCCCCUUCCAGUCUUUAUGCUAAGCUAAGCUAACCACUUGCUGCUUUGUAUUUAACAAACAGGCAUGAUAGUGGUGCCAAUCUCAUCUGAUUAUCAUUCCAACUGUUCCUUUUAAGGGUACAUAGUUUAUGGUAAAAGAGCUGAAAUUUGCUGAGCAAAAAAACUGCAGUAUGGUCCUUUAUGUGUCAGACACGAGCUUCAUAUCUCCUACAAAAUAAAAUGUGAAUGGAAUCGUUUGACGCCAUACGUUGAAUGCACUUCAGGUGGAAUCUGGAGCUGGCGAAUUCAGCCAAGAUGCCUCACUUGCUAUGUCCUGCUUAUUAAAUGUCAUAAUGUGCGUAUGUAUAUUACAACUGAGAACUUUCCAUUAAGUGCACUGUAGUAUAACCUCCAAAACCCCCCUUCAGGCUGUUGUUUACUGUGAUUGUGGGUGCUCUGCUAGUGGACCUACCCUCACUAUAAAUGACGUUGAUGCUGCUGUCUUUCACCGACACUGGAGAAGUUAUUUCAGACAGAUGAGCAUCAGCAGCGAGCGAGGAGCAGCCUGCUACUAAGACCCACUACAUUGGAUUGCCUAAAUUCAUCAGUACGGCUGCGUACCCAAUUUAAUACUUUCUUUAGGCACUGAUCGAAUUACCGUUAAAGCACACGUGUCAAACUCAAGGCCCGCGGACGGAACCUGGCCCUUCGCCGAUUUUGAUUCGUCCCUCCCUAUUAAUUUAGGUCCAAAAUAAAUGUUGGCCCUGCCUAGUUGUGCGCUGAACCAAAAAGACGGGAAACUGUUUUCAAACUCCAGUUAGGCGACUUUUUUGAAAUUUGGCAGCAACCAACCAACUUUGAGACUCAGAAAUUCCCCCAGAAGCAGAGUUGUCAUAUUUAGGCUAUGAAACAGGUUGUCAUUGUUAAAAAAAAAAAAUGUAAUCUUUGAUUUGCUAAACUCUAUGACAGAUAAGGAACUUUUUGCUGACUUUUUUUUUUUUAGGGCUUUAUGUCGACUGAAGUUCGACAAAAGUCAAAAAAUGACCCCAGAAAAGCGACAUGCAAUAAUACAGUCGAAGAUAUUUGCCUAUAUGUAUUUACAAGCAUGUCAGUAAAUGUUACAUGUCUGGCCCUUGAUGUAAUUCUCUUUUCAAACGUGGCCCUCAGUGAAAAUGAGUUGACAUUCCUGCUCUAAAGUAUCGAGAAUCAAAAAAUGCCUCGUCAUUCUAUACCCAAUUUCAACCCCUAAGGAGUAAAUGUCAUCAGCGUCAGUGAGCCAAUAAGCACGCAGCAUGCUUCUACCAAGAUCUGAUCAUGUCUGCGAUUGGCUGUUACGCACAGGGAGCUGAGAAAUAAAUGAAAGAAGUGUGCCGCAAUGUUGUAAUUUCUUUUUGUUUCAUAAAAUUGGUAUCGAAAGUAUUGUUUAGGAACCGGUAUUAAAGUCACGGUAUUGGUGUCGGUACCAGAAUCGGACAUUUUUGAACGAUAUUCAUCAGUCGAGUUCCUCGAUAGGGAUGUUGCUCGAUUGGUACUCCUAAUAUUUGGUUGUUUUUGUUGGAGGAGGAUGGCAUGUGUGUUAUGUGUCUGUUCAUGUUUUUCCCAUGCUUCCGCUGCCCUGAUACCGAAUACAUGGAAACCACCAGGAUGCUUUGAAGUA